CCAUUAUUCUUAUUAUCUAGGGUUUUAGCAGGCGUGCGGACCACAUAGUUGAGGAUAAACAGGAGAUUGUGAAAAAAGAAAGGCAGAAGCAAGUUCAGUAAUGGCAGCCUCAGUUAUGGCUUCACUGAACCUGAAACCAUCUCCAUUCACGGUUGAGAAGUCUUCAGUGAGAGGCCUCCCAACUCUUUCAAGGAGAUCUUUCAAGAUUGAAGCCAGUGGUGUCAAGAAGAUCAAGACCGAUACGCCUUAUGGAACUGGUGGUGGCAUGAACCUGAGGAACGGGUUAGAUGCAUCUGGAAGGAAGCCCAGGGGAAAGGGGGUGUACCAAUAUGUCGACAAAUAUGGUGCUAAUGUGGAUGGUUACAGCCCUAUCUACAACGCUGAUGAAUGGUCCCCAUCCGGUGAUGUCUAUGCUGGGGGCAAGACUGGCUUGCUAAUCUGGGCUGUUACCCUAGCUGGAAUCCUUGCAGGAGGUGCACUUCUUGUUUACACCACAAGUGCUUUAGCACAGUAGACUUCUGCUACUCUAAUUUACAGUAAUGUAUCAUAUAGCCUGUCCCAGUGAUUGUCCAGAAACAUAAACACUUCCUCCUCCUUGUGAAUCCCUAUGUGUAAUUUUAUUCUCCCUUGGACUUGGAUUGCAAUGGAGUACAUGUAGUCUGAUUUUUCAUGCGAAAUUCCCUCAUUAUUAAUACUAUUGCUGCUGCUGUUGUUCUUUUGAGAUCA